AUGGUUGUUGAUACGAAGCUAUAUGAAAUUCUUGGUGUUGAACCAACAGCAUCAGAUAGAGAACUUAAGAAAGCUUUCAUGGUUAAAGCUCGUCAGCUUCAUCCAGAUAAAAACCAAGAUGAUCCGAAUGCAACAGAGAAAUUCCAAGAGCUUAAUGAGGCAUACGAAGUCUUGAAAGAUCCAGAACGCCGUAAGAUCUAUGAUGAAUACGGUCCGGAAGGUCUUCGUGAAGGCGCUGGCCAAAAUGCAGAUUUCGGUGAUAUUCUUAGCCAUCUUUUCGGAUUCAAUACAGAUCCAAAUGCUCGUCCAAAGACACGCAACAUUAUCAAGGAAAUACCAGCUACUCUCGAAGAACUUUACAACGGCGCUGAAAAGAAGAUCACAAUUGAGCGCCAUGUCGUCUGCAAGAAGUGCAAUGGAACAGGCACAAAGGACGGCAAAGAGCCACCAGUUUGCGAAACAUGCGAUGGCCAAGGACAAGUUCUUGGCGUCCAAACAGUUCAUGGAAUGCAAAUGCAGAGCGUCAUGCCUUGCCCUAAGUGCCAUGGCCACGGCAAGAUCGUAGAUGAGAAAAACAAGUGCCCAGAAUGCGACGGCGAAGCAAUUGUUCUUGAAGAGAAGGAAUUCAUUUGCCAGAUCGAACGCGGCAUGAAGGAUGGCUCAAAGAUUGUCUUCCGCGGCGAAUCAGAUAAUAUUCCAGGCGCAGAUCCAGGAAAUGUCGUAAUUUACAUCCGUGAAGAAUCUCAUCCAGUAUUUGUACGCAGAAAUGAUGAUUUAUUGAUCGAAAAAGACAUUACACUUACAGAGGCCUUUUACGGAGCCAAAUUUGUGAUUGAUACACUCGAUAAUCGCAAACUCUUUGUAGAAACAGAUCCAAAUCAGACAAUAUCAUACUCAAUGGUCAAAGCUAUUGACCGUGAAGGUAUGCCAAUCCAAGGAAAUUCUUUCAAUCGUGGACAAUUAUUUGUUCAGUUCAAUAUCGUAUUUCCAAAGCGCGAGGCCCUUACAGAGGAAUUCAAGCAAGCAUUACUUAAAGUUCAGCCGGUAGAGAAGCUCGAUAUCAACCUCGACGACGAAAAUGUUUAUCCAGUUACGGCACAGGACGCACAGGUCGAAGAUUUCACAGAGAAUAGGGCAGAACACAGCGAGAGAAGACACGAAGCUGUCAAUUCUUCUGAUGAAGACGAGGAUGAAGGAUUUUAUGAAGAAGGCGACGAAGAAGGACAAAAUGUUGGAUGCCAACCGAUGUAA